AUGGAGCAAGAGCCUUUUGCUUUGGUCAAUGUUAAGAAUCACGAUGGGAUUGACAAACUGAGUGAGACCGAGGAGGAAGACAGCAAAUCGAGAGAGCUCCGUAUUCACAAAAGAGUUAAAGAACUCACGAAACCCAGCGACAUCGGACAGGAAAAUUCGACCGACCGAGAUGAUCGGUAUCACUGCCUUGUCCAAAGAUUGGAAAGGAUUGAAAGAGUCAUCGAAACCCUAACGCCGAAGAAACGGACUCCUUCCCCGACAGAACGUGGACCGAACGAUACCUCCUAUGAAGGAGACAUUCGCGCCGACAUCCGGACUAUCAUUUCCAAAGAAAAGACUGACCCGGCCACGGCUGACCGGUGGAAGGCGGUCUUUCUCGACCGCUAUGGUCUCCAUUGGGGAGUUGACUGUGGGAGCCACAAUGAACUAUCGUCCGUUGCUAAGGAGAUGAUACGUUUGUUCAACAUCAGGGCUCGUGUUAUGUAUGGCUGGAAUAAUAAUCGCACGCAGAUACUCGAUAUCUGUGAUGACUGGGUUUCUCGUUGGAGGUGUGGCCAGGUUCCCUAUAUCCCCUCAAAGGACUACCGUCAGCUGUGCCGACUUUAUUACACUUGA